AUGUCCGAAAAUGCAACCUCCUCCGAAGCGACUCCAAAUUUGGUCGACGGGCGUGUUGUGAAACGAGUACGCAGGCAGCGCGUCCAGCUCAGUUGCGGUGAAUGCCGCGCGAAGAAGCUAGCAUGCAACCGCGAUUGGCCUUGCCAGAGAUGUGUCAAGACCGGAAGGGCACAUUUGUGCAUUUAUGACUCGCAGAAUGGUCAACCGCCGACGGCGAACCAGCAGCCUGAGCAUCAGCGACAAGCUUCGCCUUCAAACCACGAUGAAGUUCGCCGUCUGCGUGCCGAAGUUGAACAGCUUCGGAGCUUGCUUAGUAAGCAGACUGGCGGAUUCGCCGCUCCGCCAACAUCUUCGGCGACGCUGCCCGCGACUGAAAGCUCAAUCGAACAGUCCAAAGAUGAGGUUCCUGCUUGGAAAGUUCAUCAAUCAUCGACCCAUCCGAAGGAUAGAGCCCCACGCAUAUACUAUGCUCAGCAUAGCCUGUUCAAAUUCUUUGUCGAGAUUCCAGAGCUUUACCCGUUCAUCUCAGGAAGCGUUGAAGUCUGGCUGAAGCCUGCAGGUGUACAUUUGAAAAAAUACAAUGUGACCUCACCACCGGAGAAUCUGUCUUCGCUGGAUCUUCUUCUUCCUUCGCAAGACGAUACGGAUAUCCUCGUCAAGUUCUACCUUGACCAUUGUGAACUGCUUCAUCGCGUGAUACAUGUACCAACUUUCGCACGCGAAUAUGCCAAAUUCUGGGUCCCCAAUGAGCGGCGCUCACCUGCAACCACCGCUCUUGUUCUCUCUAUGAUCACCAUUUCUGCCUCUACGUCGUCACUUGGAGCCAAUUGUCGCAAUGAUUCAGCUAGGUGGCUGAUGGCUUGCGAGGAUUGGUCGAAGCGUCAGAGCCCCAAAUGCCAUAGACUCAUACACUAUCAAAUCGCUUGUCUGGUUUACCUGGCCAAACGCAUAAAUAUGGUUCACAAGAAGCGAUUCUGGAGCGAGUCAGCUUUGCUUGUCCAAAAGGCGAUGAUUGAUGGUCUGCACGACGAUACGUUGUUAUCUCGUGAUGACAGUACCUUCGCAACAGAGAUGAGACGUCGGAUAUGGUUCACGAUUCGGGAGCUCGACCUUCAGAAUUCGUACGAGCAUGGCCUACCUACACUCCUACACAAUAUCGACUCUCAUGUCCCACCACCGUCCAACAUUGAUGACGAGGCACUUGAUGAGGCCUUGGUUGAUCUACCUGGAGCAGAGCCUUUCAAACGCCAUACCGGCACAUCUUAUCAAGCUCUCAGCGCUCAAAGCUGGGCCAUUCGGGUCGACAUUUCCCGCCGUUUGUACAGCCCGGCCCUGUCUCAGUCAUUCACCUAUGACGAAGUGUUACACUACACACACGAACUCACACAGCACAUCGCGAAGCUGCCAAGUUGGGGCUUUUGUUCUCAAAAAGGCCUACACAAGGUCACCAAUGCCUUCCUCCAAUUCCAGCUGAUGGAAUGUAUUUUGGCCAUUCAUCGACCCUACUUGAAUUGUGACAACUCAAAACACCCGCUCUCGGAAGAUGUCUGCCACCAUGUGUCGCGUGACAUUCUUUUGCUAAAUCUCGAGCUCAAAGACUUGGGUCUCCAAAGUCUUGUCCAGGUCCGCGAGGAUCUUCUGCUGGCAUCCUUGAGCCUUGUUCGUGUCACCAUGCUUCAGCCAUUGCGUUCCAACAGCGUCAUCAUGGGCUGCUCUGAUGCUACCAUCGAUCUGCUGGAGCGAUGCGUACCGAUUACAGAAAUCCAUCUGGGUAAGACUGACUCGCAAACGGCGCAGUACAUCUGCGCUCAAAAGUUCUUGGACCUACACUCCAAGCACACUGGAAGCCAGCAAACACCUUCAUCGAAGCGAUAUCAAGAGCAGCCAUUGCUGCAGAAUGGUCUUGCGCGCGUUGCUGUGCAAUCAACACAAAACGAGAAUCAGUCAGCAACGCAGACAUCCCUUGUCUCAGACGUCGGCACCUUUGCAGAAUGGUUGAACACAGAUCUCUUCGAUUUUGAAAGAGGCUCAUCCGACUUCUUCUCCGGACUUGAUGAUAUUUUCGUCUAG